UUCGUCGUGAUGUCUGGUGUUGUGUUUACUGUCCGCUAGAUCCGUAGUUGGUAUGUGAUUAUUGUCGCAUUAAAUCAUGUUAUAUAAAUACUGUGUACUACUCACUGUAUACGGUCGACAGCUCGCUCCUUCCGAACUGUUACUACUGGUGUGAGAUACUCAAGAAGGCAUUUUUUGGGAUUACAACGACAGACGAGAAACAAUGCCGUUAACUGUCGAAAAUGCAAAGCAGUUGAUUGACGAUUUUAUGCUUAGAGAUGCCACAUUCAUGUUGGUAAAUUACAAUGAGCCGCAAGUAGAUAAGAUUUACAUUCUGGACAGUUCUUUCAACCCCCCUCAAAAUGCACACUUGUCCAUGUGCAAACUGGUACCAAAAGAUGCUCAAUUACUUCUUUUGUUAAGUGUCAAAAAUGCGGACAAAAAAGCGGUUCCAGCAUCUUUUGCCGAACGUUUAGUUAUGAUGGAAGCAAUGGCACUGGACCUACAAGAGGCAAGACCAAUUAUUGGAUUAUGUAAACACGCUUUGUUUGCCGAUAAAGCAGAAGCCAUCCAUAAUUCGCUUCAUACAGCGUCACAAUCAUACUUGCUCGGAUUUGACACGCUAGUCAGACUCCUGGAUCCAAAGUACUAUGAGCCGCAAGGCAUUGAACAAGCACUCGGACACUUUUUCGCCAGUACGAAAGUGAUGUGCGUUGCUAGGCCCGACGUAUCAUCAGGUCUUUCCGAACAGGAGGAAUACAUGAGGAGUAUCGCCAAGGGCGAUAUGAAAGGUAUCCCAGCACAGUGGGCCAGCCGGAUUACAUUUGCAACGUUGCGAAACGGAGGAGAAGGAGUCAGUAGUACAGCUGUUCGAAAGGCCAUUAAGGAAAAAAAUGAUGAACUUGUCAAAUCGCUCGUUCCACCAGCGGUGUAUCAGGUAUUGAAAGAGCUUCGACCAUACUAGACAAAUACAAAUGAGUAGAUAUAUCUGUGAUCAUUUCGUCAUUCACCAGAACCCUUUUUUGAGUAUGCCAAUAAUUUAUUGAAAAUUCAGAGCUUUCUUUGCCAUUUCCAAGACACCUUCGUAGGUUGCGUUACCACCAAUGAAGCCGGAAGCAUGAACGAAAAUGCAUCCAGGAAUACCGGUCAGUUUGGACAGGGCAUCGUCACGGACACCACGCCAGGGCUCGGGCAGAGGCAAGCGGGAAACGAAAGAAUCGGGCGAAAUGCUGACAGCUUGGAUACGCCAAUUUUUGCCAUCACUGUAGAGUGCGUAUUUGAACUGGCCGACGAUAUUCUUCUCCUCCUCAAUUUCGAACAAGUGACUCUUCCAAGGACAGCUCUUUUGGAAAACAAUGAUCGGAGACGAACCAGCUUCGUUAACAGCGGACUCCACGAUUGACUUUGCGGGAAGCCAAGAAAGAGUAUAGUAUUUGACAGCUGCCUCGAACCAAUGACCCAUCAUCCGACUAGCCUUCAUGAAUUGCUCAUAAAUAGCAUCGUCAUCCUGCUUGUCGGAAUUCCACUCAGGAAAAAGCAUGGAAACCAUACCGGGGAGACUUAAAGAGGAGCGGAAGGCAGGCUUCAGCUCGGCAGGGUAUGGAGAAAUACCAUUGUCAUCAGCGUCAAGGCCUUCGAUGAACUCGCGGUAAAUCUUUACAUGAAGCAAGUCCAAUUGGCUUUCCGUAAUGGGAGCGCUAGGCAAGAUGGAGGUAAUAACACGCUUACCGAAAUACUUGUACACAAGACCAGCACUGGAAAGUUUGGUUUUAUAGUCGGGAGAGAAAGUAUCAUUGAAUUCACGCUGGUGAUGGUCAAAAUACUUCACACCGUCGAACUUUCCGCCAACGUCUACGGCAAUGUCACAGGAAUCAAUGAGCUCGAGGUCACGAGUACGAAUUACUUUUGCAUCACGGUAUUCCUCCAGACAACGCAGCAUAUAGACUGCGAGGGCUAAGCUCAGUUAGUAAGCAUGCAUGAAAAGUGAGAGAGGAGCAGAAAGGAUCACCGUUUUGGUGAAUCUGUACAGAUUCAUCAACGUUUUCGUUUUCUUAUGAACCGAAAGACUCCCUCAUCUUUAACACGUACAUUCAUCAGCGUGAAAUUUUCCACUAUGAGUAGCAAUUCGUUUUUGAGAAGACAUCCUGAAGCGUCUAGAGAAUGGAAGAACGCAAAUUUUGCUUAUUAAAUUUUGGAGUGGUAGUUGGCGCAUUCGCUACCAUUGUAUUGGAUGCUCCCUGAGAAGCUUUCGCCGCGUUUUUAAUUCUCGUUAAACGAGUAGUUUGUUCGCAAAGACCAGCAAGCACCGGCGCUUUUAUUGUCGGGAUUGAAUUUUAAUUGAAAAUUGAAAAGAAGCGUGCAUGUCGUUCAAUACGAGAAUGAACAAAAAUUAAGUACGUGUAUUGUUAGUAAGAAUAAGCUCGUCGUUGCAGUGAAACGAGACAUUCAGAGCACAAGAAUCGGAUCAGGUCGCAGAAAAUGAGUAGUAAAUGCAAUUUUUUGUACGCGAAAUUCAAUGGCAGCGUCCAUUCCUACUAUACUCGUGAUUCUUUAUAUAAUCCUCUCUCUGGAAUGGUUUACAGUUUGUACCAAGCGUUUAUACCAUCCAUUUCAUAACCACAGAAAUUAAAUUCGGAUCUUCAUCAGCUGUCAUUUCACAGUUCAUUGUGCAAUUCUAGUUUUGAACGUCGAGUUGACAUUUUUUUCGUCCUGUUUUAAGCAAUUUGAAGCCUAGAAUUCUGUUAAACGUUCAGUUUAAAUUGAAACAGCACUCGUUCAGUGUUCUCUUUGCAUUUUUUAACAAUUUAUUAAACAUUGUUCUCAUUUUCGUGACAUUCAGUUUCUGCCGUAGUUGGGAGAGGACAAAACGAGAUAGGUGGUUGCUGUGCUUUGUUGUUCCGGCGGCUUACGUGUAGAAAACCUUAUUUG